AUGUACAUGUACAUCAUCUACAUCUACAUGUACCCUCGACGCAAGACGCGGCCCAGUCUGAGUUACUGCCAACCCCACAAUAUCCCCACACCAACUCCUCCUCCUCCCUGUGGUAUCAUCCCCAUCAUCUCCAUCAUCUCCAUCAACCGCAACUACUUCAUCCGCAAGUCCAUCGUUCCCAUUCCCUUUCACAAAUGCCGUCCCUCCCAAAUGAUCAAAGAAAACACAAAAGAACAAGAAGUGGAUGCUUCACGUGUCGUUCUCGCCGAUAAGGGCAAAAGAGAAUGUGUCUAUCCGCCGCCCCCAGCAAGAAGAACAACAGGAAGCCGCGCAAAUCCGGGAACUGCUGAAAAACAUCCAGCAAUACCAGAAAGUGGAUCUUCGGAUGAAAAUAAUGACCGCGACUCGGCGAUCUCGAAAACGAACAAUGCAAAAAGGAAUGGAUCUACAAACGAAGACCUCUCUUCUCGCCCAAAGUCUCCACCGGUAUCGAGACUAAAAGCAUCUAUUUCUCGAAGACAACGUGCCCAAUCACUGCCCAGGCGGAGAGGACGACCACCUUCCGAAGCAGCAUCCGAUAUCCAAGAGAGAGAUAAUUCUCCCGUAAGUGAUGUGACGUCUGCAAUAUCGGAAUCCCGGAGCAGCCCCGGUGAUGGCACUGAAGCACCAGCACUUGGACCACUUGGACCCUCUCUUGAGGCAAUUUCCAGCUUGCCCGGUGCUUCCAAGCUUACAGAAGACGUGAAAUUUUUUCUCGCAUAUCAUCGACAUUAUAUUACAUUUCGCCACUAUUUUAUGCGACAGGACGCACAGUCCUUUAUCAACAACGAUAUCAUUUUACUAGCUAUGCAAUAUAAGCCACUGUUGUAUGCUAUCGUCGGGUUUUCGUCUUAUAUUUACUCCAUCAGGCAUCCCAAUGGCAAACUUUACACCUUCCUCCAGUACUAUCACAAAUCAGUAACGGGCCUAUUGAAGUCGCUAAGUACGAGCAACGUGCACCACGAUGCUAUGAUGCUGACCAUCCUUCAGCUAGCAACUUUUGAAGAGUACAUAGGGGAUUGGGUGAGCGUUACCGACCAUCAUCAAGCCGCCCAUCGGAUGCUCACCGAGCUCUAUACGCCAGAAAAAAUCAAUGAAAAUGAGUUCCGCCGCUAUAUGUUCCUCUGGUAUACCCGUUUCGAUAUAGUAUCCGGUAUCUUAGCCGGAAACGAAGCCAUUUUGAGUCGAGAAUGGUAUAUUGCGUGUGAGUUGUUCGCCGUCGAGGACGAAGCUAGCCACCCGGGCAACAUCAACAAAAAAUUUUACACAUUGGCCCUCCGCAAUCGGAGGGUUGGCAUGGAUAUGGCGUCAUUAAUUGCAAAGACAUCGCGUGGGCUUAUUACGAUUGAAGAAUUUUCACGCCAAAAUCAAGAUAUCACUGCCAGGCUUGACAAAAUUCAGGACGCGUGGAGUUGUUUAGUCCAUCCGGAUCACCUAAUUACGUCCUUCCCAAAUAAGGUCCCUCUUGGGCCGAAUGAUAUCGUGGACCCUUACGUGCCUGGGAGGAUAUAUGAUGAAUCAUUGUGGGAUGUUAACAAUUUGCUUGUUGACAUCAUCGGUGCCAGAAUGAUGCAUAAAUACCAAACGGGUUUGCUGUUGCAGCAGCUGGACCUUGAGGAACUGCAAGCCGAUGCAUUAAAGCUAUGCAGUCUGAUUGAAACCAUGGAACGGUGGCCCGACAAACCGAAAGACUCUAUCCUACAGGCUCAAUCCUCUUUCGCUCUGGCUGUGCUCUUCAUUCCUAGUGAUGAAAAACAUAUUAUGUGGUCUCGGAGGAUAUUGGCGAAGGUGGAACGACUUGGCUUUAUUUACCCAUCCGCAUUCCGCGCCAAAAUGGCAGAUUUAUGGCAACUUCCCGAACUGAAUCAUUGGUGGCUCCCAAACGAAGAAGGAUAUCCAAGAAUAGUUAAUGAAAUCCGUGACUGGACUAGUGAGCGCGAACUUAAACCACGAGACACAUUCCGCGAGGACAUUCGAGAUUUGAAGACGAUGUUCUGGCGAAUGGCCAUGGGUGGUGAUGAUAGCAGCCACGGAAGCUCUCCAAGCAAUACACUCACGCCUCCUACUGCAGCUGGACUAAAUCCUGACACGUCUCCAUCCGAAUCAACCUCCUAA